AUGGCAUCGCGUCAAAACAUUGAUGGUAAAGUUGGAACAAGCGAAAGUCCGAUUAAUAAUGGACUUUUUGAAGAUGUUCAUGAUAUUUUUCAGCAAGAAAUAGAUAUUUGCUUGUUAUCGUUAAAAGAGCAAGGGAGUAAGAGGAAUAAUGCUGAUGACCGCGACACAUAUCAAGCGGAAUUAAAUAAUGAAACAAACCAAGUGAAUGAAGCAUCUGAACAUGGUCUGCUAACAGUUUUGGUCGUGGGAGCAGGACCGGCUGGCUUAUGCAUGGCUAAUUUGUUAAAGACCUAUAACCAGCAUUUUCAUGUAAUUGAUGCUAAAACAGACUUUGAUAAUCGAAGCAAAGCCACGGGAGUUCACCGAAACACUCUUAAACUGUUUGAUAAACUCGAUUUCAUCGAGGCAAUUACCCAAGAGUCGAUUGAAUUGAACGCAAAUAGUAUUUAUUCGGAGGGACAAUUGCUUAAGAAGACUGUCUUUCCCCAAGGAGCAACAAAUAAUGAUAAAAAUAUCUGCAUUCGUCAGCAAUCAUUAGAACGUAUUCUUGCCGAUAACGUAUCUAUUGACCGCGGUAAACGUCUUAUUGCUUUCCAACAAAAUGACACACAUGUCACAGCUACCGUGGAAGAAACCAGCACAAAAAAAAGGCAAGAAUUUCAAGCACAGUAUCUUAUUGCGUGUGACGGAGCGACAAGUAUGGUAAGAAAGGAACUAGGAAUCUCGUUUGAUGGGGAAACGACUAUAGGAUGGUCAUUUUGUUUUGAUGCCAAGGCAACAAGUCACUCGGAAAUGAAUCACUCGGAAAUGACGAUGCAUAUGAAUAAUGGGUAUCGACUUGUUGUUGUCCCCAUCCCAAUUAAUGGGGAUUCUUACAGAUUUUACGGGAAUAUCACUAAACAAUGGCAUGAUGAUCAUAUAAACCAAGACGGUACCCCUAAAAACCCAAGUAAGGCUCAUGAACAUCUUGCCAGUUUUGUUUUGGAACGAUCACCAAUCGUAAUUGAUUCUAACUCGAUCACAGGCCUAAGCUUCUACCACACAGCAUCGAGGAUUGCCUCUAAGAUGAGAGAUAAACGAGUAUUUUUAAUUGGUGAUGCUGCGCAUAUCUUUUUUCCGGCGGGCGGUUACGGUUUAAAUACUGCUAUUGAAGAUGCUUUUGCACUUGCAUGGCGUUUAGCUAUGACAAAGACUUCGCUCUUCAAGGAUGCCUUAUUACAAACUUUCAACGAGGAACGACUGAAAAAUGCUCAGCAGAUCAAAGAUGAUUCGACACAAAAGAAAAAAGAUGCAGCAAGUCUUCAGGGACAGCCGUCUGCUUCAGAAACGGAAAAUGAAACGCAAAUAUAUAAAAAAUCUGCUCGUCUAGAAAACAUCUUACCUAUUGAUAUCUGUGAAUCGAUCAAAAGUAACACAAGAAGUCUUGCCCAAGAUCGUAUCAGAAUAAGUCGUUCUGCGGUCCAGGAGGAAGGAAUAAGUGCAGAAACUGGUGCCAAUGAUCUUGGAAGUGACGUUGAUCAGAAUGAUUGGUUUUAA